AUGGUUCUAAAAUACACCGAUUCGAAGCUAUGCACCAAGAAUUUUGAAUUUCACAAUUGGCCUGGUCCAGGUGAAGAAGCCGCCGACCUAUUCUCCCUCUCCCACGCAGUGAUCGUGCCCGCAAACUCUCGUCGGGUGAUCAUUGGAGGUCAGGUCGGGAUUCAAGAUAAUGGCUCUGUCCCAUCCAGCAUUACUGAAGAGAUUGAUACCGCAUUUAACCAUGUUGAGCGGGCCCUCAGGGCUGCUGGUCUCGGAGAUGAUGCUUGGGAAUACGUGUACAAGAUCAAUACCUUUGAAAUUCCUGCUCAAGGGCUACAUGAAGCGAUCAGCUUGGCAGUUGGCAAAUAUUUAAAGAGCAAUCGUCCUGCGUGGACAGGAGUACAAGUUGCGGGGCUCAUUAUGAUUCAAUUACACCUGGAAAUUGAAGUGGAGGCAUUUCUUCCUUGA